CGACCUUUGUCCUCUUAGGCUCCCCAUUGGCCGCGUCUUUUGCCCUGGGGGCCCCAGCAAGGGGGCGGGGCUCUGUGACGCAUCCAUGACGCAGACAGGGGUAUAAAUAGUCAGCGGGCUCGGAGCUCUCUCACAGGAGCCGCCGGCAAGGGGGCAAAGAGGAAGCUUUAUCCAAGCCGGAGAGAAGUUGAAAUUACAGACAUCCUGCCAAAAUGAUUUCUUCAAAGCCCAGACUUGUUGUACCCUAUGGCCUCAAGACUCUGCUUGAGGGAGUUAGCAGAGCCGUUCUCAAAACCAACCCAACCAACAUCACCCAGUUUGCAGCAGUUUAUUUUAAAGAACUCAUUGUGUUUAGAGAAGGGAAUUCGUCUCUGGAUAUAAAAGAUCUGAUUAAACAGUUUCAUCAGAUAAAAGAGAAAUGGGCAGAAGGAGCGAAGCUGGAGAAGAAAGAAUGUGUCAAAGAACAGGCAAGACCACCUCUAGUUUACUGCGAACCUACACGGAUGGAAAAAUCCACAGACACAGAGGAGGACAAUGUAGCUGGACCACUCUUUAGCAACAAAACCACCCAGUUUCCAUCAGUUCAUGCUGAAGUACAGGCUGAGGAGACAAGUGAAGGAGUUCGGGGUCCUUCUUCCAAACCAACCACACCGAAGACUACCACCCCACCCUCCUCCCCGCCUCCAGCCCCGGUCUCUGCAGAGUAUGCCUACGUCCCGGCUGACCCAGCUCAGUUUGCUGCGCAGAUGUUAGGUAAUGUCCCAUCUACCCAUUCUCAAGUUUUAAUGGUGGACGUGGCAACAAGUACGCCUGCUAUCCAGGACGCACCGAGUGCAGAGAUUGUUGAAGAAGUCGUGGUGUCUGCCCCCCUGGUGUGUUCUGGAGAGACGAUAGAAGUGCAGGUUGUGAGUGAGACAUCUGCGCAGGUAGUUGUGGGUCCUGAUGCUGAGGCUGAACCACCAAAGGCUUCCUCAGCCCCCUUGCAGGAUGAACAAGAGCCUCCCGCUUGUGACGAAGCUCCCGAUACUCAGGGCACAUCAGCCUGUCACGUAUCAUCCAUAUAUAAUGAUGUGCCUGUCAAUGAAGGAGUUGUCUAUGUUGAGCAGAUACCGGGAUACAUAGUUAUCCCUUUUACUGAUCAAGUUGCUGGUCUUGCAGAAAUUGAGCAGUCACCACCAGAUAGUACCAAACCUGUAGAACCCAAGACUUCCUCAGACAUGUCUAAAAUAUCUAUAGAGUCUCUGAAAAUUGUACAGGUGGAGGAUGGCCAACACGAGCCCUCAGUGCACAUGGAGGCAGAAGCUACCGUUCUGCUCUCUAACACUGCUUUAGAUGGUCAGCCCGAGGUACCUGCAGAACCCCUGGAUGCAGAGGAGUUUCUCAAAAUAGCCUCUGAAAAUUCUCUGCACCUUGAGAUGGAGAUCGUUACCGUAGGCCCUGACGAUCCUGGCCAGGAGGAGUCAGGGGAGAACUCUGCACCCGAUUCAUCCGGUGACCCUUUUCCUCCUGCGCCAGGAGGCUUUACUGAACCUGAAAGCGAGCCAAGUGAGGAAGCUGCACCUGAGCAGGUUUGACGAAGCCAGGUAAGAGAAUGAGGUACUUGCACAUCACGUGUGUGUUUCAGGUAAUGUCCGUGUUCAGGAUCCAUCCGGGUUUGCCCUCCUGGCGACUGGCCAAAGUCCGUUUUCAGGGUUUUUAAAUGCCAAACCUACUUAAAGGCUUUGUUGUAUUUAAAAUCUUACCAUUAUGGAAAUCACAUGGCAUUGCCAAAGCUCGGUUCAGUUUGCACGUUUGUAAACACUGGAAUAUGUUAGGUUUUUAAUGCCUUUUAAAAAAACGGUUAUGGGAUGUCACUUUGCAGGGU